UGCUGAAAAAGACUAAUUUGGACAACCGGACAAACAUUUGAUACCACAAUAAUCGUGGCUUUUGAACAAGGCAUGCUAGAGGAACGGCAUAGUUGUAAGUAUUCAAGAGGGUGGGGCUAUUCCUCAGACAUGGUGCUUUAAUGGUCAAACAGCCAGCCUUUAAAAUUCAAAGAGUGAUUCCCCUACCAACGAAACUGAGGUUAACCUGGUAGAGUAACAGAUAACAAACCUGGGAGAGUAACAGAUAACAAACCUCCGGCACCUCUAUCAGCACCCAGCCGCAUGGGUGCGGCUGCACAUCACGUGAACAAAAGUUUAUAAACCCAGAGCAAAACUUGACGUUAUUGAUAUUCGGCGGUUCACCGAAAUCACUUGAAUCAGCACCGUCACCUUCAAUUCAGCACAAUAACACAGCAUCGAUUCUACUAAUAGCUGCUUUCCCCCCAAUCACAUGUUACUUAGCCGCCGGUUGCCCAUGCCGGGCGGAAAGGCAUGUCGGUACCUCAACACCUUCUCCGCGCUACGCCAAGAGCCGCGGGUGAACGAGGUCGGGAUCCAGUACAUCUCUGCCCAACUCCAUAACCUGGUGUUUCCGGGAAACCCCAUUGACCCCAAAACGCUAAAAGCACGGCUCGGCGCAAAAUCGAGUAAGAGCCGAGGAAGCUCUACAACCCUGCCGGCCCAUCUCCAGGAGAAGAUCGCGCUAGCGCGAAAGUACCUCGCCAAUAAUGAUUUGUUAGGCAAAAAGACACUCAUUACGGACCCCAUCGCCUUUGAUAUCCCACCGUUGCAGGGCCGCGACUUGGACGAGCACUUUCACCGCUUGGGCCUCUUCUGUGCGGAUCCGUAUCUCGAGUACGCCACGACGUUCUCCCAGAAAUCUACGCCCAGCCUUCCCCAGGAAGACGCAUGGAUAUUCCAAUCGGGCUGGACACGGUACGCCAAGGGGAAAAAACCUUGCAAGGUGGAGUAUCCGCUUGAGGAGAAGCUCGUGUUUGACGUAGAAUGCCUAUACAAGCUCUCGCCUUAUCCGGUGAUGGCGACUGCCGUGAGCGAGACAGCGUGGUACGCGUGGGUUUCGCCGUUUCUCACCAAAGAGUCGACCCUGAUGGAGCACUUGAUCCCCAUGGGGUGCCAUGGGGCUCCGAAGUUGAUUGUGGGGCACAACGUGGGCUACGACCGGUCACGAAUUCUUGAAGAGUACCACAUGACGCAGUCGAAGGCAUUUUACCUCGACACAAUGAGUCUCCACGUAGCCAUCAACGGAUUGAGCUCGCGGCAGCGCGGGUCCUGGAUGAAGCACAAGAAGAAGUUGCGUACGGCCGACGAGUACAUCCGCGAAGAGGCGAAUUCCGGCUUUGAUAUCAACGAGACCGAUGUUUCUGACUUGAUGAAUGACAUCUCUGUGGACCGAGAGGAUGACCCGUGGUUGGAGGUGACUAGCAUGAACUCCUUGGCCUACGUGGCCGAGCUUCACUGUGGAGUCACGAUGGACAAAGCGGACCGCGACUACUUCUCGCUCGAGGACGCGGAGCCCAUCCGCGAGAACUUUGCGCGAUUGAUGCUGUACUGUGCCACAGACGUCGACACCACGUUCCAGGUGUUUGCCAAGACGUUUCCAAAGUUCCGCGAGCACGUGCCGCACCCGGUGUCCUUCGCCGCAUUGCGCCAGAUUGGGACGUCGUUCUUGCCCACUACGCGCAAGUGGGAUGCGUUUGUGGCCAACUCCGAGGCGGUGUACCAGCAGAGCAUUGUUAAGGUCGAGCAGCGGUUGCGCGACCUAGCAGAGGAGGCGGUGCUCAUGCGAGAAGACGCAUCUGAACCUUGGAAGGAUGACUUUUGGUUGUCGCAGCUUGACUGGAAGAUCACCCCGAUGCAAUACACCAAAAAGGGCCUUCCGCGCAAGAACCAGCGCAUGCCGGGGUAUCCCGAGUGGUACAAGUCGCUCUGUCCGACCGGCUCCGACAAAGCCGUGGUCAAGAGCAAGGGCAGGAUCGCCUGCCUUCUCUUCAAGCUCCAAUGGGAGGGAUGUCCCAUUGUCUGGUUCGACAGUCAAGGCUGGUGCUUCCAAGUGCCCCUUAGCAGGGUCCAGGAGAUGAUAAAGAAGAACUACAACGUGUGUGAGUUUCGCACAGGUCGGGAGGAGGUCCGGCGCCGUGCAGAGGAUCGUCGGCUCCAGCGGCUCAUCCAGAAAGAGCUCAACCCCGAGAUGGAGAUGAAGCCGGAGAUCGAGGUUGAACCUGAGGUCAAAGCCCCGAAACCGAAGAAACGGGAGAAAACUGGCCCAAAGAAGGUGAGUGACUUUGAGGCCACUGAGACAGAUCUUGCGCUUCUGGAAAAGUUGCGGGGAAACUUUGAGUAUGAGUUGUUUCGGGUCCCGCACCCCGACGGCCCGAAUCAGCGGUGUGCAAUUUUGAUGAGCAAGGCGUACCAUAAGUUUGCUGAAAAGGGAAUAUUGACGUCGCAGUUUGAACACGCACAGCAGGCAUUUGUUCUGAACUCCAUGUCCUCCUAUUGGGUGUCGUCCCGUCUGAGAAUUGCGCAGCAGUUUGUUGUGUACAACGAUGAUCAAAAGAACAAGCGAGACUUCGGCACCGAGUCCAAAAUGGGGAUCAUCCUCCCGAAAAUCCAGUCGAUGGGAACGGUAACUCGUAGAUCUGUUGAAAACACCUGGCUCACCGCCUCCAACGCCAAGAAGACUAGAAUCGGGUCCGAGUUGAAAUCCUUGAUCGAGGCUCCACCAGGCUACUGCUUUGUGGGCGCCGAUGUAGACUCCGAAGAGCUCUGGAUCGCAUCCUUGGUCGGUGACUCGAUCUUUAAGCUUCACGGCGGCACGGCGUUGGGCUGGAUGACGCUUGAAGGGACCAAGAGCGAGGGCACGGAUUUGCACUCCAAGACCGCUAACAUUUUGGGAAUCAGCAGAAACGAAGCCAAGGUAUUUAACUACGGGCGGAUCUACGGGGCCGGAUUGAAGUUUGCAUGCACAUUGUUAAAGCAGUUCAAUCCGACGUUGACCGAGGAACAGGCCGCAGAGACGGCCCAGAAGUUGUACGAUGCGACCAAGGGUAAACGACUUCCCUCAGGGCCGAAGUUUGCCGGCAAGAUGACUUGGUUCGGUGGCAGUGAAAGCGUGGUGUUUAAUCGGUUGGAGAUGAUUGCGGAGCAAGAGGUGCCUCGGACGCCGAUUUUGGGAGCAGGGAUCACCCAGGCGUUGACCAAAAAAUAUUUAAAGGUCAACAGCUACUUGCCGUCACGUAUUAACUGGGCGAUCCAGUCGUCCGGCGUGGAUUACUUGCACUUGCUUCUCGUUGGGAUGGAGUACCUCAUUCGCUUGUACAAAGUCGACGCCAGAUUACUCAUUACGGUCCACGAUGAGGUGCGGUACAUGGUGAAGGAAGAGGACAAGUACAAAACUACGUUAUUAAUGCAGAUCUGCAACUUGUGGACCAGAGCGAUGUUUGCACAGCAGUUAGGGAUCAGUGAGAUCCCUCAGUCCUGUGCGUUCUUCAGCGCCGUCGACGUGGACCACGUAUUGCGUAAGGAGGUUGAUAUGGAUUGUGUCACGCCUUCCAACCUGGUACCUAUCCGACCAGGCGAGUCGUUGACCAUCGAAGAAACGUUGACAAAGUGUGCCACGUCUCACGGCUCUCUCUUAGGCGAGGCUGAUUCGUUGGAUUUGUCUCACUAUGAGUACUCUCCGCGUGUCCCAGUGUUUGCUGAUAUUGAUAGCCAGUACUCCCCGUCAAUGUUGAAUCGGUUUAUCGAGUUGCAAGUGGCCAAGGAUGAGGAUGAGUUCAAGGCCGUUCGGAGAAAGUCUAGACAGAUGCAACAGUAUGCCCCCCAGGACGACGAAAGCGGUUAUUUAAAAAAAGAACCGGUGGUGAAAACCAAAGCCGUCCCCACAGCGGUAAAAGCUAGGACUUCACUGAAAACUAAGGGUGCUAUAGUGAUUACGCCGCCUGAUACAAUGUACGAGGAGUAUUUGGCAAAACGGACUGAGCUGAGCUACACACCAGAGUUUGAAGAGGGCCCAUUGGACGCGUUAGAGUUUGAGAUGAUGCAGAAGUACGAAGACCAGAUGUUCAAGCGGAAGAAGACACCAGAGCGGAAAUACCAGCGGUACUAAGCACGUGGUAGAUAUUAUGUCAGCAGUGGAAGCCAUGGAAGGUUUCUACUGUUGUAUAUGUAAAUAGAAUUGUUUCCCAUUUUUUUGUUCGAUUGGGUUUAAUAUAUGGUUACCGGGACAAAGGAAUUUGGCGUAACAUUAUAGGAGACGAGGUCGAGGAGCUAGUGUAUAUACACUUUUUCAGCAACCGCCCAAAUAUGUAAAUGCUUCGAAUUCUAAGAUCU